UUAUAAAAGGGUAAAAAAGUAAUUUGUCUAUUAUCCUUUCUUUUCUUUUCUCUCCUCUAUCUUAUCCAAACAAAAAUAACUAUCACUUCUUUUCUUUUCUCUCCUAUCUAUCCAAACACAAAUAGAAAUUAUUACUAUCAUUUCUUUUCUUUUCUUUUCUUUUCUCACUAAUACUAUCCUUUCUUUUCUUUUCUUUUCUCUCAUUACUAAUACUAUCCAAACACACCCUUAGGAUUCAGAUUAAGCUUCAACGAGGGUGGAAAGAGACAGACCCGAAUAUCUCAUCUAUCGAUUUCAACCAUGUUAAUGGCAGUAAUUUGAGGAAAGAAAGCUUGAUUUCCUAAACUCGUCUUUCUCAGAUUGGAAUCCCGAUGGUGUCAAUCAUUUCGUAAGCAACCAGUGAAGAGGUUAGGGUUUUCAACUAGCGACCAAAAAUUGAAGUUGAAGAGAGCCACCAUGGACGACGGUACAUACCUUGUUACAGUUGCCUCUCUGUUACUUUCAUCCUUUCCAUCGUUCUAUAGGAAUUAGGAUGUUAUUCGAGUUUUUGUUUUCAUAUGAGCCUUCCAAGCGUGAAAUCACUUUGAAAAUAAAUCAUAUUAGUUACGUCCGAUUCUGGUAUCCAACAGGAGUGUUGCCUUUUUUUUUUUUUUGCUCAGUUUCUGUCUCGGAAGCAAAGGAUUAACUUAUAAAAUCCGAUUGGAAGGCUCAUAUUAGUUUUUGUUUUCUUUACAGUCUCUCUCUCCAUCUAGGCUGUUUACAGUUACUCUCUCGGAAGAAAAGAAGUAGCCUUGCCCUUUUCUUGGCCCAACACCUCCCAGGACAAAGUCAUUGCCACAUCCACUUGGUGUUACAAGGUUACUAGACAAAAUAAUUAAGCAAAUAGUGAUGGAUAAAGAAUUGAUGCACAUGACUUACAGAGUUAAUCCAAAGUAUUUAAAAGGAGCAUGGAGGUUUGCUGAUCUGGCGCAAGCGAAUGCGGGCCAUCCGAAAAAGAUUUUAUGCCUUUUGCAAAGCACCAACACUUUGACAUCGUGUGAAAUAUGUGAAAAUUAUUCAGGAUUGAUUAUCACCAGUUCAUUAGGAGUAGAAGAAUCAGAAUUUCUAUUAUUCCAGUCUACAACAAAGCUACUUCCUUGGAUUUUGUACCGUAGAUUUUGCAGCUACUUCCUUGGAUUUUGUACCGUAGAUUUUGCAGCUCCUUCCUUGGAUUUUGUACAGCGAGGUGGUUUUUUGACAAGUGCAGACUGAAACUCAAGUGCAAGAAGGUUUAUCAAUUUUUCAACAGAACUGUUAGGAAAUUGAUGAUUUUCUUGACAAAUGAAUUUACUUCCUGUUUUAGAACAUUGAUGAAUGUUGAAUUGUUUUGACCCAUUGAUAAAUGAUGAAUUGUAAAAAUAUUUUAACUCUUUUAAUAUAUUUUUUGAAUUGAA